CCUCCUUAUCCUGAGCCCUGAGGCGAUCCUCCUGCUGCGCGCGCCACCACCGCAAGUAGUUGCACCGUGAGCCUCCUCCUCGACAUGGUCAGCGAGCAAACGCCGGCGGCGGCGACCACGGUGGCGGAGGUGGACAGCGGCGCCGCGCCUCCCGUCAAGCCCGACGAGAAGGAAGAGGACGACGUGCCCGUUGUCGAGGACGCCAAGGAUGACGACGACGAAGAAGACGAGGAUGACGAUGAGGACGAGGAUGACGACGGUGAGCAAGGUGCAGGCGGAAACGAGGGCUCCAAGCAGAGCCGGAGCGAGAAGAAGAGCCGCAAGGCCAUGAUGAAGCUCGGAAUGAAACCCGUCACUGGAGUCAGCAGGAUUACCAUCAAAAGAGCCAAGAAUAUAUUGUUCGUGGUGUCAAAGCCUGACGUCUUCAAGAGCCCGACGUCGGAGACGUACGUGAUAUUCGGCGAGGCGAAGAUCGAGGACCUGAGCUCCCAGCUGCAGGCGCAGGCGGCACAGCAGUUCAGGAUGCAAGACCUGAGCAAGGUGAUGGCAAAGCCGGACGCGGCGGCGGCGGCGCCGGCCGACGAGGAGGAAGAGGUGGACGAGACAGGGAUAGAGCCCCGCGACAUCGACCUCGUCAUGACGCAGGCCACCGUGUCGCGGGCCAAGGCCGUCAAGGCGCUCAAGGCGCACGACGGCGACAUCGUCAGCGCCAUCAUGGAGCUCACGGCCUGACGUCACGCCCUUCGCUACACCUGCAUUGCUACCUCUCUUCAUUUCAGCAUCGCGUUUUUUUGUAUUUUUUUUUUGCUGGUGCUUUUCGUUGUGUGCUUUGCAUAAGAUGUGCUGUUUGCUCACAUAUUGGACUUUGCGUCACACUUUCAGUUUCCACGUUAGCAUCAUCUUAAAUUGAGUUUCCAGAUUUAAUUAAUUCGAAUGGGAGCAUCAAAUUUAUCCA